GGGGUUUUACGACAGUGGCGUAAAACCCCCGUCGGUCCGUCAUCAACACUCCGUACGUGAUCAACAACACUGAACUAAACAAGAACUGUACAUGUAAAACAAAAACCCAACACUGUAAAAUUCAUCAUAUUCAAAAUUCAACUAAUUUAGAUGCCAGGUAGACGGUUGAAAUGCAGUCUAUGGAAGAUGACAGUCCUGACGUAACAGAUGACCAUAAUCACAACUACUGUGGCAGUAGUAAUCAAACGUAUUUAACCAGCCAGCUGUCCGAGGUAACACCGCUUCAUCACCCCGGUACUUUAUCAGCACCGAGAGGGGAACCAGGCUUUGUUCGAAGGAGUUCGAGACCCCGCAGGACCGGCGGGUCAAAGUUCAUGGACUCGGACUCAUUCAGUAGUGAGUGUAGCGAAGAAGAAGGGACCGACGGUUCCACCGCCACAGCAGCCUCUGCUGAGGGCAAAUCCACCCCAGACUUGACUUCUAAGUUCCUUCUAAAUGCAAUGGCGGUAGAGGACUACCGUAAUAACCACUGGCCAAACUUGGAGAAGGCAAUCGAACGCCUGCUAGUUCAUAACCCCACGGAUCACAUCUCUGUUUCAUAUGCCCAGAUAUACAGUUACGUCUACAAGUGUGUUUGUCAGCAACACUCGGAGCUCCUCUACAUGGACCUGAAAUCCAAAAUAGUGCAACAUCUUCAGCAAGUUUCCAGCCAGCUGCAUGCCGUCCCACCUGAAAGCUUCAUUGAAAGUUUCAACACAGCACUGACGAAGUACAUUGCAUCUCUUCAGUGUAUUGUUCCAGUAUUUAUGUAUUUGAACAAAUUCUACAUCGAGUCGAAGCUUAACCGUGACCUGAAACAGGAUCUGAUGGAUUUGUUUGCUGAUCAUGUAGCAGAGAAACAUGUCAACACACUCAUGCCGCUUCUCAUCAAAGCUCAUGCGAUGCCCUUUGAAGUGCAGCCAUCAACCAUGGCCAGUGUGGUUAUAGGCCUCCACAGCUUCCGACCAGACUGGGCCCAGUUAGCGCCAGCACUGUUCUCCAGCUUUAUUCCUCAAAUCAACCCUCCCGCUGUGGAGUCAUUGCUGUCUGACUACGCCGCUCACGACCAGAAACUUCAGAUGGAGCUCUCCAUGAACGGCUUCCCACGAGGUGAUCAGUCUCGUAAGCGGGCCAACGAUGACUCCUGAUUGGAAGAUGAACAUCAUCAUCACGUGUGUUACUGGUACUACUUAAGACACCUGUGUUCAUGUCAGGGCUUUGUGUCACAGAGGAACAGGAUUGUAAUGUGCUGCACAACAAAUCACACAGGAGGCACUAAAGUGGUCACUGGUGCGUGUUUAUAUCCAUGGUUUGUGACAGAGUGCCUUUAUGGUAUCUGCGCUCAUCAGAUGUCCCAUGAAGGGAUAAGCGGAUGUAACUUGCAUUACUAACCUUUGUCCUAAAAGUGUCUUGCAAUCCUUUUUAACAGAGACUUGCUGCUAUUAGCCAUACAGUAUUUUUGUAUGCAAACGCCAUACUUCUCACUCCUUGUGACUGUGAAAUCUGCAGCUUCAUUCAACACAAGCGAGAAAUGUGAAGUAAACUGUAAUGUUCCUUCUAAUUUUGCCUUUACUGUGUCUCUAAACUCGAUUAUGUUUGCAGCUACGCCAAAGAGGAGUACUUUAAAUUCUGUGUACUGGUUCAAGCUAACGUUGUCAAAGAUGUUUGCUGCCUGUUUGUUGAGUGUAUAUUUUUUAUACUAACAUUAUUUGGUUGUUCUCGUUGACCACGUUUACACUGCAGACUAAAGUGGCCUAAAUCUAUUUUUUUCUAAAUAGAUUUUUUCCAGAUGACUGUUUACACUGCAAGUAGAAUGUGAUCUUUAUCAGACUCCAGUAUAAAAGUGCACAGGCCCCAAUGUGGCCCCAAUGUGGUCUCGACGCCACUUGCAUGCACAGUUCGAUGAAGUGAAAACAAAAGAAGUUGACCGGAUUCCGUAAAUGAAGAAGAAGUCGCUACUUUUACAAAAUAAAAAAUGUGUGUUUUUGUUUACAUGAAAAUAAAUUAAAGUAAUAUAAUUAACUUAUUUACGUAAACAACUUACGCAAUGUAAGUAACAUGUAAGCAAAUACGGGACAGCAUACACGUCUAUUCCGGUCCUUCAACAACCACAAUUUCUUCAAAAUCAAAGUAUAUACGGUAAUAUAUAUCUUCAUAUAUUACAUAUAGUCUUUUAUCUAGUGACGUUCCGAAAAUUCAGCGGACAAAAAAUACUUUGCUCACCGGAACUGAAUGUUGUGAUGGUAUUUACUCCCGCUGCUGGGCUGCGUCUUUCCCCGUGCACAUGAAUGACGUAGCUCGCCCAAAGAUGACGAAAAAGUCACAAUCACAUCGCAUUCAGGACACUUUUUCAUUUAUACAGAAGUCUCAUUUGAAAAGAUCAGAUGCGGACUACCUCCUGAUGUGGCCUUAAUCUGAUGCGAAAGGAUCGGAUUUAAAGCACUUGGAAGCGGUAAAAAAAAUCUGAUCUUUGUCACUUGAGGGGAAAAAAAUCCAAUUUGGUGUGCAGUGUAAACGAGGCCAUUGAAACUGCUGUGUUUGUUGUAGAAAUGUACAGUACAUGUACAUGUACAGUAGAAAGGGGAUUCAUAUGGCCCCAUUCAUCACAGUUUACCUGAAACAUGAAAUGUGACAAUUUUGGGGGGUGCACUAUCCACUUUAUGAGUGUUGAAUAUCUAAAAAUGUUUUGUGUCUAUUCCAAAUUUGACCUUUGUGUCAGUUGUUAUAUAGAGUGGCACUUUCCAUUAAUUUUAGCAGAUCCACCAGGAUUGGGGCCUAAUGAAUCCGUUUCCUACUGUAGGAAUCUUUACUUUGACAUUGUUUAGUUUCGCCUGGUCCUUAUGUGUUAACUGGCAACAACUGAUAUGCAAACAUACAAACAUGUGCCAUGUGUCCAGGUGUGCAGUUUAUUUGUGUUUGUCGCAGAUAUGUUGGUGUAAUAAUUCAAAGAAAUGUUUUUACACUGUUUUAAGUGUAAUUUAUAUCUCAGCCUUGGUCUUUUUGUCUGUCAUGGGAAUGCUUGUUAUUGUCGUUAAAUAAAUAUGUU